AUGGCGGGCGCUGGUCGGACCGGGGCGGUGGCGCGCUGGGACGAGGAGGCAGCCGAGGUGAACCCGCCGGCUGGUGGUGAAGAGGCGGGGGCGACACGGGCCCUGGCCGCGGCGGGCGGAGCGCCGGGUAGCUCGGCCGUGCAGCUUAGCCGAGCCGGGGAGCCAGGAACUUUGGGCGCGAGGAGCGCACCCGCGCCUGCAUUUAGUGGCCCUGGGUUGCUUCCGACGCCGACGGAUCCGACCCAUGACAAGACCCGUGGGAAGCAGAAGAUGACGGGGUACGAAGGAGAGUCGUGGCCGACUGGGCCCAACGGAAAAGAACCCUGGCCGAUUGGGCCCGGGGAAGAGGAGGGGUGGAGUUUCGGCGACCCGGAGGGCUGGGUGGACCCGAGCCCAGAAGAGGGCCGAGGGGGCGGGAUGGUGGACCCGCAAUCGGCCCGAACCGGGCAAGUCAGUGGGCGGCCAGCCGGUCGGAACCGAGCAGAACCGAACCAAACCGGGUCAGGUCGGGUCAACCACCGAUGGGCAGUAGCUGGAGCGGGCUGGGCAAGGGUCUCGGCAGGGGCCAGGAGUACGGGUACCCCCCGUGGAGUACGCCGCGAGGAACGGGAGGUCGAGGUCGAGGAUAUCGAGAUAUUGGGCAGGGGUCGGGGACCAAGCCCGGAUACGGCAGGAACAAUCAUGAGGUGGCAGGAGACUGGCCCUAUCCUCCCCAGCAGUGGGCCGCGGGCAGCUACUACCAUCCGGUCCCGACGAAUCGACCACCCCCACCGAACACAAGCAGGUAUGAAUAUAGUAACCCUCUAUAUGAGACUGAAGAGGAAUUGGUAUUUAGAGCUAAACCGCCAGUGA